CCCAUCUGCUCGCGGUCUUCAUCUCCCAACAUGUGAAAUCGGACACCUACUUUCUCAACCCUUCCCAAACAGUCUUAUCUGCACUUCCAGCUGUCACUACAACAGUACAUUCGCACAAUUCAAACUUUAACAGAAGCAACUGACUCCACAAGUUCAGAAGAUCGACAUCGAUAAAAAGUCGCCGUUAGCUUGCAGUUUAAGAAAACGGGAGAAGAAACACGGACGGAGGGCGGGUGGAAAGCCAAAUCCAAAGGGGUGUUUCCUCUCCAGCAGAGGAAGCAUUGAAGUAGCGAGAAAUAAUUCACUAAACUGUGCGAAAUGUGUAGAUAUAUUGACGUUUAGGUGACAGACGCGAUGUCGACAUCAGUUUGCCGAUAAAAGCCUGUCUAUGUUGGACUAGCUUAACUCUCCAACGGAUGGAGGAGAAUCCAGACAGCGACAGGCAUUAUGAGAGGACCACAGAUGACCCCUCACCCUCUGGCCAGGGGACCAAACAGAAGAGUGAUGAGACCCCCCUGGGUGAUCACAACCUACCCAUCAUGCAGUGGGAGGAUUUAAGUUUACGAAUUGCAGAGCUAGAAAGGCAGGAGGAGGAAAGGAGGACAAAGGCAGAGAGUCUGGGUUUAUCAGAGCGAGACAGAAUACUUGGAUGCUGGACAGGGUCAAAACACCAUUCACUCCACCGGGAGCCAUGGACCGAUGAGAACGACUACAGUCCCUGCCGUGUUCCUGUCAUAACAUCACGAUUUAAUAGUCCUAAAAAUCUUCAGCUCUGUUUCAUCAACAACAGCGAGAGCGAGGGGGAGGAUGACGAAGGAGCAUCUAGCAAAGAGAGCUCAUGUGAGGCGGAGGUACGUGGGAGUUGCUCUCUGGGGCUAAAACAGGAAGUGAAAACAGCUCUCAGGGCUCUCAGAGACAAGCUAUUGGCCGAACAGAAAGAGAAAGAGCAAGAAGUCACCCGCAGUAACGUGAACAUAAGGAGAAAGAUUCUUAGCCUUAGUGAUCUGCAGACAUGCUCUUUACUGCAGCUGAAUGCGCUCAGGGCCUCACUGAAUGAAGACAUUCAAGAUUUGAGCUCAGAACUGGUGAAACAUCUUGUAGUACGAGACCACCUUCGGAAUAAGCAAGACGCUCUUCUCCUGGAUGUACAGGAUAUGACGACAUUGUGAAUGACUUUUGUUUGCAACAAAACUGCAUUCUGCAGUUCAACAUUGGCACUUUCUGAAAGCAUUAAUUUACUGUUACUCAUCCUGUGGACUAACAAGCCAGAAUAUCCUGUUUGUUCUUGAAGAAAUGUAGCCCUCAAAGAAACUUUUGCUAAAAAAUGUGAGUCACAUUGAUUAUGGUCACAAGUUUUAUUGUGAAAAAAAGUGCCUUAACAAAACCUAAUGGCUCUGAUUCAUGUCCCAUCACUUAUGAUUUAGUUUUGCAUUUGUAAAUAGAGAAUAUAACAAGCUGCUGUUAAAGCCAUAUACGAUCAAUAACUGUGAUGUAUUAAUCAUCCGUUACAUUAAGCAUUCCAUUGAAAAACAGUAUGUAAUCGUCAUAUGAAUAUAAAUGGUGUGAAUUAUGCUGUCAUAUGAAUGUGCCUUACAACUUUCCUGUGUAUCAAACUUAAACAUGAGAAUGAAUAUCUCAGUGCUAAAUAUUCACAAUAAUUUAAUAAAUCAUUUAUUUUGUACUUUA